GACGUUCCAGCGAUUCUCAAUCUUGGUUUGUAGCUACCAAAAACGAUUCCCGACCCACUUGCCAGACGCACAUGUAACAAUUAUAUUAGUGUUAGUGCGAUGAAUAAUUCUAUUCGACGUCGACAAUUUGAGAGAUGUAAACAAUUUUAAUCUUCUACGAUUUAAUCUAAUUUAUAUAGAAAGAGCUAUUCUGAAUUCACGGUCUUGAAUUAAGUAUGUAUCUCUGAGCUGCUCUCAAAGCUUCAAAUUUGAAAUCCUGACGAACACAAUAAUAUUGAUAUAAAAUGGGAAAAGGUAAUUGUUGGAAUUUUUGUUCACGUCCCAAUCUCUAAUCAAUAGCGUAUCUUCCUAUUUGCAAGAAAACGAGAAAAGUCCAGAAGAAAAAAAGUAGUCGUUAUUAUGCAUAUAAAACCAGGCCCCAGCAAUGGCCUUAGGCUUGGCCGUUUUCCCAAAAAGCAUUCUUCUAAAUCGGUGCAACGCGCGUUUGUAAGUCUUUUCUGAUUACUUUGUUACGUAUGCAGAUUUAGCAUUAGUUGAGUUUUAUUUUCAGCAAUUUUUGAUAUAUCAUUUUAUGUUAUCUUAAAAUUAAGCCAGUGAGUAGAAAUUGGACAUCUUCUUUAUAUAGAAUAUAAUUCAUGUACAACAAUAUUUGAGUUCGAUUGCAAUAUAAAUAAACCACAACUAAAAUUCUGAAAUCUGACACUUUGAUCGAGAUGAAGAAUUUUUAUAUUUCCAGUUCCGUUGCGCAGAUUUUAAUGAAUGAAACUUAAAUCAAAGCUAGAGUUCCCAGAAAUAUAAAUGAUUUCUUUGUAAAUGACAAAAUCGUUAUUCGUUAAAAUAUUUUGUUUAGUCGUUAUAAGGAAAGUUGGCACCAACUCUACUCUCUUGGCAAUGCAUAAUGAAAAUGUAAUUUUUGCAUGUGUGCAUGCCAAGUGGUCGGAAAUCGUUUUGAGUAGUUUUACAUAGUAAAAAUAUUUGGUGCAAAUAAUGGAUGAUUCAUCAAAUAGCGAAGUAGAUCGACAAUCUCUUAUGGGCAACUUCGUAGAUGAAUUACUCAUCCCGUGAUAACGUUAUUGUUUUGUAUCGAUUGUGGAGCAAAGAUCAUGUUCUACACUGUUAUGAGUCACGAAAUAGAUGUAAGUUUAAAAUAGUGUAGCUUCAUUUUAUGAGUAGGAUCAACGUAUAUAUGUGGUGCGAUUUCUGCCAUUCGGAUUUAUAAUGCAUGGGAAGUAAACGAAACAUAGCAUUAGAAAGCAAUGACCAUAAUGGAAAUAGAUGUUCAGUUGCAUAUAUAUAUAUGUAUAUAUACACAUAUAUACACAGGGGUCAGGGUGCUGGACUACUGAUAGGAACAAUUUAAAGGCAUUAAAAUAAGACGAAUUGCUUCCGAGGGUAAUUCAUUAGUUAUUAACAAUUAAACAUUGUUCAUAACUGGAUCUCAGUUACAACGUAAUUUAUCAUCGAUCUCAAGCGGAGAAAAUCCUUUUGUUAUCGUUGUUACCAAGGUGUUCAUGGGGAGCACAGUGCGCAGUCACUACUAGAACCCCCAUGCCUUAUUACGUUAAUGAGAUGUAAAUGAGGAAUAAAUUGAUACGUAAGUUAGAAAGAUGUAUCUUUUUCUACGAUAGAAGCAGACAUCGAUAGCACAAAAAUCCGAUAUAUCCGAUUAUAUUGCGUUAUGAUUUUGACAUUUUAAAGACAUGCACAGAAAAGAUCUAUUUAAGUGUCUCUUCAUUAAGAUAUCUGGAUGCAUUUGCUUAAUAUAAUUAAAAUAGAUCUUUCCUGAUCGUUUCAGAUACAGGCGCUCACUUGUAUUCAGGCUACAUAGUUUUUUUAAGUACUGACUUAAUCGAUUAAGAUAUAAUGAAACUUGAAACAGUCUUCGUUAGAUAGAGCCUUCUUGUGUUUCAUUUAAUUCAGAUCAGUAAAAUAAAUAAGGUUUAUAAGAGUUUAUUGAAAUUUACAAUAAUGUUAUUUAGUUUUACAAGUUCUUAUUUAUAGACUAUUAUAUGUAAUAGUAUGUAGCUAACAGUGAGAGCUAUAACUUUUGUUUGUAACGUUCUCUGUUAGCAUCAAAAUAAUUAACGAGUAGCUGAAGAAAUACGAAAUUUGAAUUUUUUGCAUCCUACCAAUGUAUACAUACAUAAUCGGAACCGAUAGACACAGGUUGCUGUUGCUAGGGUCCCUGGAUUCUACGGCUUCAACAUUUUUAACAGCCGCAAGCAGUCGUAAACAUGAAACCAACGAACGCCGCAUAAAACGUGGUCCUUCAUCGGCGGUCGGAAAUACAAACAAUUUUAAAAUAAGUAAUACUACUUGUCAGUUUCUUUAAUAUGGACAACAGUCUUCCGAAUUUAACAACAAGUGAAACCGCCGAAGAAGAUCCUCCUGAUUUACAUAAACUGACAAAAACAUGUAUCAUGUUAAAGAAACGAAUUUCGGAGAGCCACGAAUUGAUCAAGCAAUACAAUGAUAAAGUAAAAGAAUGCGAGCGUUUAAAGCACGAUCUGGCUGCAGCGAAGAGUCAAGUACAUAAAAUAACUUGUACUCAUAACUCCACGUUAUCAAAAAUUAUAAAGUUGGAACUUAAAAAUACAGAAUACAAGAAGGAUAUUGAAACUCUGACCACACAAAACCAGGACCAUACUGUAAAAGCAGCAGCUGACGAACAGCAUAUACAGCAACUAAUAUGCAAAAUAAAAGAUAUAGAAGGAAAGCAAAAUGAUAAAAUGCUACAGUAUGAUUUAGAGAAAUCUUCGCUUCAAGUUAAGGUAAAAGAAUUAGAACAGGAGUUAAAGAGUGCUAGAAAGCUGCAUGACACAAAAAUAAAGAAGAUCGAGAAGAGGCAUACAGUGGAGAAUGAAAAUAAACCGAAAUAUAAAGAUGCUGAAGUUAAUACAGAACCGAUUGAAGACGCAGUGAUCGAAAAACCGGAACUGGUGGACAAAUGUAUAUUGACCGACGAAUGUUAUAACGUGAAAAAUAACGUAUAUCCUAUAUACUGCAAUAAGUGUGAAAUUCUCAUGGAACCACCACCCGUAGAAAAAAUAUGCAGGGUAAUAUCCAGGGCGUGCCCAAAGCUUAUCGAAAGAAUUCCAUCCCCACCGAUAAGACCAUUACAAGUAUCAACGGGUUCAAAUACCGACGAGUACAGAGCUGAAAACGUGCCCUAUUAUACCGGUUCGACACCGAUGGCAAACACGAAUAACAGUAAUCUAAAUAAUCAUUCUCAAAGUAUAGCCACGAUCGCGUCGUCGUUGGCGAUUAUUCCCUGGUUCCAAACAAAAGUAGAUACAUUGGAGGCGAAGGUAUCCUUGUUAGAAAAGAAAUUAAGCAAGAUGAAGUCCCAGCAGAACAAUACUUAUAAUUAUCAUUCGAAUUCUCGUCACGGACACGACUCAAACAACCUUCUCGAGCUGUGGAAAGCAAUGACUGAUUUUUAUAAGAACGGAGGAAUUGAGAACUUUGACAUGGAUGACAAGAGAUCGAAAUCUAGAACGAAAAGAAAAGAUACGCACUCUGACUCUUGGAAUGUUGAAUCGGUUAUGAAGAGGACUGAUCUAAGUUCCAAUUCUAUUGAAAGGUUUAAGAAGACCAAACAGCGAAAUAAAUCGGACAGUUCACCGAUCGUUAUUGAAGAUUUAGAAGAAUUGGACAGUAACUCGGAUGCAUGCACCGAUCCGUUUAAUUAUGAUACUUUAGAAUCUGAAGACAUGCAACGCGUAAAACCAUCCUCGUCUUCAAAUGUUGAACCUACGAACAGGCUAGAGUGUGGUAAAUCGGUAGGAGGCGAGACCGAUUCGGGUAUACUAUCAGAUUCUAUGCAACCUGAAUCAGAUAUGGAUUUGACAGAAUUAAGAAAUCUAGAAACGACCAUGUCCUCUAUGCGGAGAUCAUAUUGUACCAAAAAUAUGGAAUCUACACUUGUAAAGAAGCCUGUGAUAAAAGUUGCAUCAAACUUAACAGAGUCUGAUAAAUCCAUCGAAGAAAAUACAAUGGAGAUGUCAAUAAAAGAAAAUGAACGUAUAGCACAUACAGAGCACGAUAAUAGAGUGGAAGAAAUUGAGAAUGAUGAUCUUAUUUGUACAAGGAUCACGCGAAAGAGAAAAUUUGAAUCUGGGGAAGUGAAGAAGUCUGACAACCGGAAAAAAUUAUUACAGAAACUAAGAAGCUUAAAGAAGACUAGUAAAGUAGAAACGUGCCCGAAAACUUUGCAACACCGAAAUGUAAGUGAAAGUUCUCGUACCGAGAAGAAGGAAAGUUCUCGUACCGAGAAGAAGGAAAGUCUCGUAAAAGAAUUAUUUGCAGAGAGUAGUAACGAGGACGAAUACGUGCCUAAGAAGAAGCUUCGCAUAGCACACGUGCCCAAAACUGAACAAAAGUCAUCACACAUGAGCAAACGGUUGGUACAAAUUGUGAAAAACGAUAUUCAAAAUAGGUCGGAUAAUAAUGAUUUCAAUAAAUUGGACGAUACAGAAAAUCGUGAUUCAAGUAUAUUGGAUGAUGUGGAAAAUCGCGAUUCAAGUAUAUUAGAUAAUACGGAAAAUCGUGAUUUAAGUAUAUUUGAUGAAACGGAAAAUCGUGAUUCAACUAUAUUGGAUGAUACGGAAAAUCGCGAUUUAAGUAUAUUGGAUGAUACGGAAAAUCGUGCUGACCAAGAUACAGUAAAUUCUAACACUGAGAAUAUUGUAAAGGAUACUGUUCCAAUGAUUUCUGAGACUGCAAAUUCGUUUAAUGACGCAGAGAAUAAAAGAGACAAUACUACAGACUUGGACGGAAUGGAACUAAUCGAGACCACGACUGCAAAUAAUUCUUUAGAUAUAAGCAAAGUUCAAGAACCGGAACAGAGAUCGAACGACAAACAUUCGUCGCAUACGUCGGAAAUUCCUGCUGUAAGGAAAACAAGUAUUAACUCUGAGACAAUUAAUGAUAUCGCCGUUGACAAGGAAGAUUCUAACACAAAUUGUGAAACAAAGAUUAUACAGACUCCGUUGAUGAGAUUGCAGCAGCAUGUUACUAAAAAUUAUAAUUCAAAUAAAACUAAAAACAAGCAGAAGGUACUUGAGCGGGUUCAUGUAGUGGAUGAAUUCGUGAAAAAACAAUUACAAAGGCUUGCAAGUAGCGAUUGGCAGACCUUCGUGCACUGGGAUGUGAUUGAAAAAUUGAAAUCUACGAUUAGCGCUCGUAUCAUAGCAAAAGGAGUAGUAGAGUUUUUAAGCAUGGAAAUGGAACAUCCGGAACCCUUGGACAAAAGUCACACACCGCCCGCACCAUUAAUGACCAGAACGCAGCAGAAAAUUGUAACGUUAUUAUUCGAUCUGGGAGAACAGAAAUCCGAGGUGUUUCAAUUGAUUCAAGCCGCUAUAGAGUACAAAUUAUUCAGGCUUAGUCAGGCUCUACAUAAAUCAGUUAUAGAGUCCUUAUCUAGAGUGUACACGGUUAUAGCGCGGAUUAAAAAGGACCGGGAAAGAGUAAGAAUGUUUUGCUGCGAUGCCUUGUACUGUUUGGGACUUAACGCCGUGCCCGUUUUAUACGUAGUACUCACUAGCUGGCCAGAAGUAUUUCCAAAUAAUGAAACGAAUUCUAGACCAUUGCUCAAAUGUAUGGCACAUAUAAUUAUGUCGAUACAGGCCACAAAUUUUCCGAAACUUAAUUCCUUGAAAAAUUUGUUAUCGGUGUACUACAAAUAUCCAAUGGGAUCCGUGUCUACUGAAAUUCUGAGCGAGCUUCUAACGCUGUUGCCAAAAAAAUGCGAUAUCGAAAUAGAAACGGCGAUUAUACUACUUGCAAAGAGGGAAGGUACCCCGUGGACGUAUCAAAAUAUUAUCAAGAACGGUCUACUACCGAUGAUUAUUACGCAGAAACUUCCGAGUAGUUAUCGAGCAUUUUGUCUACUUGGCAGCCUGAUGCGCACAUUUCCAAUAGAAGAUAACGACAAUUUGGUUGGGGAAAUAGUGGCACAAUUGUGCGACCUAAUUAACUCUGGCGAAGGAUCGGACGAACAGAAAGAAGGUGUUUUCUCAGCGUUAUUGAGUUUGUCGCGACACAAAUUCGAUACCGUGAUAGCGAACACAGUGAAAUGGGUCCCUUCUGCACCGCUUCAAGAUCGAACUAUAGAACAAAUCAACGGCAUGUUAAAUCUGCGAACCGUAGAGUACUGGAAGGGUUAUUUAAGAAAGAACAAACUAUUACCGAGUAUUCAGAAGAGGAGUAGAACGUAACGUGUUAUUCAUUAAGACUGUAUUAAUUGAAACUUAUAUUUCUAAUAGUUUGACAUUGAAUGCUUUAUUUAUUCAUGAUAACUGUCAGAUAAAAUGCUCGUUAAUUAAUCAUUGCAAUCAUUCUGAAAUCAUUGUCAAUGUUUUGUAUGUCUUCAACCUUAAUGUAACCAGUCUGUGACUGUAGUAUUAAUGUCAGUUCCUUUUCUAAGUGUUAAAGCAUCUGAUGUUUAUUGUACGUACGUGUAGCCUGCCCCUUUCGCAGGAUCGGAAUACAAUCGUAUUAAUUAAAUAUGUACAUAUUGUACAGAUCGUCGUAAUGAGGAAUUCAAAGAGAAAUCAAAGUAACAAUCUAGUUUUGGUAAGUCAAAGAAGUCGUUUUGUGAAGAAAACGCUUCAGUAAACUCGUUAACGAGACUUCGUUUCUUUAUUCGACAAAAAACGAGGAUCAUUUUAAGAACAUCGUUUUGUUAUACCGAAAAAUAAAGAUAUUGGUUUUUUA